UUCGCACGGUGCCCGCAGAUUCUCCAGUUCUCUGCUCCUGACGUCGCGCGACGGAACAAUGCCUUUCCCAACGGCGCUCAACAAGCCGCUCUAUUUUUGUGGAAGAACUAGCUGUGGCGAAGGGAAAGCGCUCUGCGCGUACUCAGAGGCACUCUUUGCUACGUUGCACGGCUGAGCUGGUCUCAAACCCCUGUUAGCAAUGGUAAAGCAAUGUUUCCCCACUUGCGCUCACCAAGCUCUGUCCCAGAUGUGGGGGGACGGGCUGCAGCGAGGGGGAAGCACUCUGGCUAUCUUCAGAGGCACUCUCUUACGUUGCACGGCUGCUGCCCGGGUGAGGCGUCCAGGUUUGGGAGCUGAAACUACGGCCAAUCCUGCAGCCAGACGUCUGCAAGUUCCCCUGCUACUACCUGCGCCAGCCCAGCCCCGCUCUGAAUUCCUCAAGUGCCAACCUGGUCGCCGCCCGCCUCAUUGGCCGGCCUCCCGCCUUUCCUCCCUCCCUCCCGCCUGUUGCUCCCAGUCCUCGGCCCAAACGCGACUUCCUCUUCCUUUCCGACGCUCCCCCUGCCCGCCCUGGUUUCGGGCCGCGCUGCACUCUACGAAAAGCUUUGUGGGGAUCCUCGCCGAGUCUGACGCGGGCGCUGCGCCCCAAGAGGUCUGCCGAAGCACCGCGGCUCCUGAGGGACGAGGCGGGGGUGGGAGGCCGGCCGAGUCCGAGACAAAGCCCGGCUGGCUCAGUUCCUCCAGCUUGCUUUCGUCCCGCCGCACUUUCAUCUGACUGCCGCCUUCUGCUCCCGCCGCCGGAUCUCCCGUAGCGGCUCCUCUCCCUGGAGGCUCCUUCACCGCCUCGAGAGGAGGAGUUCAGUGGAGUUUUCCCAGAGAAAAUGUCAACUUCAACCAUGGAAGCUCAGGGUCUUGAUGAGAGAGGAAGCUUUUUUAAGCUGAUUGACACAAUUGCUUCAGAAAUCGGAGAACUGAAACAAGAAAUGGUACAGACAGAUCUGGUGCUGGAAGAUGGACCCACCCGAUUACAAAGCCUAGAGAAAGACAUGGGUGAUGUGUGUCCGGAUCAGAAAGAUUUAAAAAACAUCAUACGAGAUUCUGGAUAUGACAGCCUCCCCAAUAAGCUCAGCAUACUAGAUAAACUUCUUCAUACGCACCCUAUCUGGUUACAGCUUGGCUUGAAUGAUACUGAAGCAGUGGAAGUUUUGCAGUUCCAGCCUCCCGGAACCUUCCUUGUAAGGAAAUCCACAAGAAUGCAGAAGAAAGUUUUAUCACUACGUGUGCCAAAUGAUUUUGGAUUGUGCCUCAAAGAAUUUGCAAUAAAAGAGAGUACAUACACAUUUUCCUUGGAAGGCUCUGGAAUAAGUUUUGCUGAUUUAUUCAGGCUCAUAGCUUUCUACUGUAUUAGCAGGGAUGUCUUGCCAUUCACCUUGAGGUUGCCUCAUGCUAUUGCAACAGCAACGACAGAGGCUGAACUUGAAAAGGUGGCUCAGCUGGGACUGAGUUUUUGGAGUUCUCCAGCUAACAACAGGCUGCAAAAUCCUUCAGCUCUCCAGAAGCCUCUGCCUUCAGAUAGCGUUUACAAAAGCUCCCAGCAGCUCUGCCUUAUAAAUGGAGUUCAUUCUAUAAGAACCAGAACGCCUUCAGAGCUGGAGUGCAGCCAGACCAAUGGAGCCUUGUGUUUUAUUAAUCCCCUCUUCUUGAAAGUGCAUAGCCAGGAUGUCAGUGGAAAUUUGAAAAGGCAAUCCCCAAGAACUCAAGAUGUGAAUGGCCCAGAGAGAUCUCGUUCCCCCCCACCUCGGCCACCCCCACCUUCUAUUCAUAGCCUCCUUGCAAGCCCUCAGCUGUCCAGCAAUAUAAACCAGGCAAGUCUGCCAGAAACUGCCGACCACAACAAACACUGGGACUUGGAUUUGCUGCAAAAGAGGCCAACUCCUAUCCCACCUCCUCGCCUGAAGAAGAAGGCACUCUCUUUAGAAGCAGACAGCAGUGCAAAGAGCUCAGCAGUAAUUAGACCGAGCCAUAACUCAACGCAUGGUUCAGAAACUGCUCACAUUCCAGGUGGAGCCCCGCCUCAGCAAAACUUACCAGAGAGCCAAAAGAGCUCAGCUGCACUCUCUGAGUCACAAGUGCAGUGGAAUGGAGGCAGACAGAGACUAAGCGACAUGAGCCUUUCCACUUCCUCCUCUGACUCGCUCGAUUUUGAUCGGAGUAUGCCACUCUUUCCUUAUGAUGGGGAUACUAACAGCAGCCUGGAAGAGUAUGAGGGUGAAAGUGACCAGGAGAGCAUGGCACCACCCUUAAAGCCCAAGAAGAAAAGGACCAGUUCAUUUGUGCUCCCCAAAAUUGUUAAAUCCCAACUGCGGAAAGUGAGUGGAGUUUUCAGUUCCUUCAUGACCCCAGAGAAGAGAAUGGUCAAGAAAAUAGCAGAAAUGUCUCGAGAUAAGCGCACCUAUUUUGGAUGCCUGGUUCAGGACUAUGUAAGCUUCCUACAGGAGAACAAGGAGUGCCAUGUUUCUAGCACAGACAUGCUUCAGACUAUUCGGCAGUUUAUGACCCAAGUUAAGAGCUACUUGUCUCAGAGCUCUGAACUGGAUCCUCCUAUUGAGUCUCUGAUUCCAGAAGACCAAAUAGAUGUGGUGUUAGAGAAGGCCAUGCAUAAGUGCAUCCUGAAGCCCCUCAAGGACCAUGUUGAGGUGAUGUUAAAAGAAUUCCAUACGGCUGAUGGCUCUUGGAAGCAGCUGAAAGAGAACCUUCAACUUGUCCGACAGCGGAAUCCUCAGGAGUUGGGAGUGUUUGUUCCAACACCAGACUUUGUCGAUGUUGAAAAGAUUAAAGUCAAGUUCAUGACCAUGCAGAAAAUGUACUCCCCUGAAAAGAAAGUCAUGCUGCUGCUAAGAGUCUGCAAACUGAUUUACACUGUGAUGGAGAACAAUUCAGGGAGGAUGUAUGGAGCUGAUGACUUUUUGCCAGUGCUGACCUACGUUGUGGCUCAGUGUGACAUGCUGGAGUUAGAUGUUGAAAUUGAGUACAUGAUGGAGCUCCUGGACCCAUCCUUGCUACACGGAGAAGGUGGCUACUACUUGACAAGUGCCUAUGGAGCGCUUUCUUUAAUUAAGAAUUUUCAAGAAGAACAAGCAGCUCGUCUACUGUGUUCGGAAGCCCGGAAUACCCUCCGGCAGUGGCAUAAGCGUAGGACAACAAAUAGAACAAUCCCAUCUGUUGAUGAUUUUCAGAACUAUCUACGAGUUGCAUUCCAGGAAGUAAACAGUGGCUGUACAGGAAAAACCUUGCUAGUGAGACCAUAUAUUACAACAGAAGAUGUGUGUCGGCUCUGUGCUGAGAAGUUUAAAGUAGACAAUCCCGAUGAGUAUAGCCUAUUUCUUUUUAUUGAUGAUACCUGGCAACAGCUGACAGAAGAUACAUAUCCUCAAAAAAUCAAAGCUGAACUGCACAGCCGGCCACAGCCUCAAGUCUUUCACUUUGUUUAUAAGCGCAUCAACAGUGACUCUUACGGUGCCAUUUUUCAAAACAGCAAUAGUGACCACACGUGGUAAAGCUCAUGUUCUUUAUUGUUGUGUGUUAAAUUGCUGAAAACAUCUUUUCUGUGCUGACUGAGUUCAUUAGACAAUGUCUACAGGGCUCUAAACCAAAUGUCUAGUAAGAACAUGAACGACAACCGUUAUGACUGACUAAAUGUAAUAUGUAUACAGGGCAGUUGUACAAUCUGUACAACAGAAGUGUCACAAUGUAUAGUCAGUGGAGCUGAACAUCAUGGAUCACUGAUCUUCUCAAAUAUACGGCAGAAUGCCGCAUCUGCAGAUCUGUAUUAGAUUUUACUCUCAUCCUUAGUUCAAGCACUAGUUUACAUUAACUGUACUGAUGGCCAGACUGUUUGUGAGCUAGCUGGUGGACUAUCCAUUUCAUGAGUAUACAUAAGCAAUACUGUCCGAUGCAGGGCAUCAGUAAACUCUGUUAUAUGGAUGGUAACGGCCUUCUCUAAAAUAGUUAUUUGUUGUUAUUUUACUGAAGGCAACAUGUUUUUAUAUAUAUAUCACAUAAAUUUUAUAGCAGUUGCAGGUAAACUGUCAUGACUGGUUCUUAAAAUAUUUUUAAACUAUAAAAUAUUAUAUAAUUAUGCAUGUAAUUUUUAACAUUUAAUAUACAAAAUAAAUCUCUUGCUGGUUUUAGAGUAUUGCAUUGAACACUCCUGUGAGAUAUAGAUUGUUUCUUGCCUUUUCUUCCCUGAUUUAAGGGUUGUUAAAACCAUCAAACUCCUUUUCAAGUUGAUAAGAUUCUGUAAAUAAUUUGUAUUUUUGACAUUGGCUACCCAAAGCCUUCUACAGACCUGAUGUACCACUUCCUGAAUUAUUAUUUAUACAUUGCAAUCUUGAAUGAACAGAUAAAUUGGAGGGAAGGGGUAUUUGAAAGAAGUGGAGAUAGAGACUAGGGUAGUGAGAAGAUGUAGUGAGCCUGCUUUAGAAAUGAGAUGUUUUAGGGAUUGUGUUCCAAAUCACUUAACACAGUAUAGUUACUCCUUAAUGCAUAAUAACCACCAUUGUUGUACAAAGAAUUAGCCAAAGAAAGAUAGCCGAGAGCUCCACCACCACCCUCUUGGUGGAAUGCUGAUUGGACAUUGCUGAAGCUAGUAAUGGGUGAUAGUCACUUUGAAUGAAAAAGUGAUAUUGUGAAGUUACCCCUAGUCUGCUGGUUCAGACUAGUUGCAGAACAUGAGUGAAGGAGGUUGUGAAAGAGACAGUUUUAAAGUUUUAAAUAUUGUACAUAUACAAAUAUUGAUUUGACAUCUGUUUUGCUAAAAACAGCAGGGAAGUGAAUUGAUGCAUUUCAUAGUUUUAUUACAGACUGAAGCAAGCAACAUCAAAUGCACUUGAUUGUGGCUGAAAAAGUAAAUGUUUUCAAUAGGCAUGCAAAUUGUUAGUUUUUCUCCAUCUAAAAAUAUCAGAAAAUCAAAGCCUGGGUGUGAUUUGGAAUGAAGUCUUCCUAAAAGGUAAUCCAUUCCUCCCAAUCUUCUGUGCCUAAAUCUAGCAGUCUCUGCAACCCUAAGGGAAGGGGGAACAUUUGGAAUAUCUUGCAUGGAAGGGGGAUAGAUUCUGCUGUCCCUCAUACAUAAAACAAUUAAAUUGUCCACUUGAUACAAAAAAAAUCUGGGUAAUGCUGUAAUAAUUUAAUGUUGUAAAAUAAACAUUUAAGACCUACAAAUAAGAAUCAGCCAGUCCAAAUAACUGUGUAAGACACUGUUGAAAAUGCUGAACCAUAAGUCCCAUACUAAUCUAAAAAUGCAAGAUUUCAAAUAUCUUGUCCAUCCAUUAGGAUGAUUUCAAACCAUAUGAAUGCUCUCCAGAGUUGACAUAUUAAUUGUUAUACCUUAAUACUCAGUAGUUAUGGAAAGAAUAUUGGUGUCUGAUUCUGCAAGUGCAUUUUGUAUGUAAAGAUGUAUAUGUGUCAUAUUGAUUUGCCACAUAUUUGCCACUUUGACAUGUGUUUAUAUUACCUUUUGUUUUGUAAAGGAUAAAACAGUAGUUUUGCACAUAAUACAUUGUAAUACGUUACUGUAA